AGAGCUCACUCUGACGUCAUCAAGGGGCAGUCGUUAGCCUGUUAGCUAGUGUGUGAGCUGUAAACAUCAGGCUGGGAGUUUGAAUAAAAAAGCUGCUGCUUGGUUGAAGAACAGCCUGUUAUGAGUUUGUAAGGCGGCCCUCAGAGGCUGGAAGGCUCCCCGCUGUCGCUGCGAGGCUCCGGGUGAAGAAUGGACGGUCCUCCGCAGCUCCCCCCGGAGCUCUGGGUCUACGUGUUCAGCUACCUGAGCACCGAGGAGAAGCACACGGUCCGGUCCGCCUCCAGGCACCUGAGGAAGCUGGUGGAACACCCGUCCCUGUGGAAGCACUACAUCGUGGUUCUGUCCGAGCUCCGCCGCUACACCUACGGCUUCUGGCACACCCUGAACCACCGGAAGCUGACCCGGGUGGCCGUGCGACACCUGCGGCGCAAAGAGUGGCGGCGCCUCAUCAAGUUCCUGCCGUCGCUCACCGCCAUCGUGUUCAUGGACGGAGGCCGGCAGUACAAGGAGAAGUACCUGGACAACCUGGCCCGGUUCCCCGAGCUGCGGGAGAUCGCGGUGCGGAACGCGACGUGGGACGAAGCCCUGCUCGGCCCGGGCCUGACCGAGCACCUCCGGGAGCGGCUGACCCACCUGAGCGUGUGCAACGUGCGGCUGCCCAGCACCGUGGACUUCAUCAGCACCGUGUCCGAGCUGUCCAACCUCCGGUACCUGCUGUUCCACGAGCAGGGCGAGGGCUACGGGCUGGACACGGUGAGGCCGGUGCCCCGCUCCGUCUUCCACAGCAUGCUGCUGGGCCUGAAGAAGCUCCGGCACCUGUCCUGGGGCAUGAAGGGCGAGCCUCCAGAACCGCUGCCCGACGACUACCUGAGCCCCCCGAACCCGGACCAGCCAGGAUCGUAUGGUGGCCCGGCUCUGACCAGUCUGGAGCUGGUGGACUACCCAGAGACCCUGCUACCUGAAAACGCUCUGAGGAGUCUGACGUCGCUGCGCUCACUGUCGGUCCGCUACAGGUACAUCAGAGAAGGUGUGGAGUGUCGCCUCAGGUCCUGGAUAAGUCCUCUGCAGCAGCUGGAGUCCCUCACAAUCAUCGGUGGGAACUCUCUGACCACCUACACCACCACCCUCCCCCCCCGUGUCAACAGCCUGACGCUGCGAGUGGCCAUCACCCUGAAAGACAUGGACUCCAUCGCGCCCAAGGUCCCGGGCCUGGAGCACCUGGACAUCGAGCAGAACCGCUCCAGCGGCAGCCUCUGCAGAAGAAUCCCCAUGUUGUUCCCUCAGCUGCGGACCCUGAGGAUCCGGUUUUUCCGGCGGGAACCAGAGAAGGACCUGCUGAGCCUCCACAAGCUGCGCCACCUGGUGCAGCUGGAGCUGCUGGUGGAGCGCUCCUUCAUCCUGAGGGAUUACCUGAACGGACACCCCUGGCCCAGCCCCUGUGUGCAGGAGCUGAUCAACGAGCUGCGAGAGCUGUCCGAGAACCGCAUCACGGUCAUCACCGCCAUGAGGCAGAGGAACCUGCUGCGAGAGUGUGACUGUCUGUGGGAGGGUGACUGAGCGGGCCGGACCGGACCGGGCGGAGGACGAGUCUUUGACGAGUGAAGACCCGACACAGGACACGAGUCCUGGGCUGACUGCUGCUGUGGGUAGUGUCACUUCUGAGGAGUAGUUGAACUUUUAGCGUUCAGAGUGGAGUCAUUCUGGAUCUGAACACAUGAUUCAGAUCUUCUUCAAACAGAAAACAAGAUGCUAAAUCCACCAAACGUUCAGAUGUUUGGACUUGAGAGGAAGAGAUGAGGCGAGCACUGACAUCUCUUCACCUGGAGGAAAAGAACUGGACUGUGUUCAGACCCAGACAUCAGAACUGAACUCAGCUGAAUGAAUUGAUUAGAUGUAAAAACUUUAGGUUUCCCUUCAUGGGCUGUUAGAAUCUGUCGUCCCGAUCCAAAGAGGUUCCUGUUUGAAGGAAGACCAGGAUCAGGUCCAGAGGACUCCACGUUCUUUCAGUGAGAACCCAGAGCUGCAGCUCCUGGACUCCAGCUGCAUCGACUCUGUUUUUCUACAUCAGCUGGACUUCAUGGAGCUGAACAGGAAAGUUUGGUUUGAUCAUGUGAUACUGUAGGAAUAUGAAUUUAUGUGCAGGAACACUGACAUGACUCGACUCUUUAUUGAAUAAUGGAUUUAAACCUGAUCUGGUUCUUGUUGCAGUGUUUUAGUUCCAGGUCACAGUCGACCUGUAAUUAGCACUUUGUUUUUCUUUCAUUAACAAUCAGUUGUCCUCCUUUCAGUGAAACUGACUCCUUUAAAGGAACUCUGGUGGGAAGAUGUGAAUUAACUUCUUCUUUGAAGUUCUUUGAUCAUGAAAUAUUGUGAAAGUAGUUUUUUUUGUUUUAGAUUAACUGAAACCUGAGUUCAGUCCAUUUAUAAUUUCAUGUUUAGUAGAAGCAGUUUGGAGAUGAGUCCAAACCUUUCUAUGACCUUUGACAUGUUUCCAUCAACAUAUUUUAUUAAAGCCUGUAUCACCAAGCUG